AUUUCGGACAGAAAAGGACAAAUAAUCGCAGGAUCCGCUCCGGCCGCUGUGGGGCAAUAACUGGGGCAGAUUGCGGAGGGUUGGAAGCAGGUGACAUCGGGCGGGGGGUCCCCCAUCUGUGCGGCCCCCUCUCAGCUGUUGGAUCGGAAUAAUCCGGGACCUGAUGGCGAACCGGGCAGCACCGGGCACCGGGCACUCGAACAGCAAAAAAGGCACCCAGAACGGGAACAGCUGCACCAAUGGCGAUCCGGGGGCCCAAUCGGACUCAUUUAAGGCCUCGGACGUCAUUAUAAACUUGGCCUCCUCUUCCAAAGAGAAACCCGACCCGAACAGCCUGGUCUUCGGAGCCACAUUCACGGACCACAUGCUGUGCAUCGAUUGGUCGAAGGAGACGGGGUGGCAGCGCCCGGUUAUCAAGCCCUUCCAGAACCUGUCCCUGCACCCUGCGGUGUCGGCGCUGCACUAUGCCAUACAGCUGUUCGAGGGGCUAAAGGCCUAUCGUGGGGAGGAUGGGAAGAUCCGUUUGUUCCGCCCGAAACUCAAUAUGGAGCGAAUGCACCGGUCGGCGCUGAGAAUGACCCUUCCUGGGUUCGAUAAGGAGGAGCUGCUCCAGUUAAUCCUGCGGUUGGUGGAAGUGGAUCGGGAGUGGGUUCCGUACUCGAGCAGUGCCAGUCUGUACAUCCGCCCAACGUUUAUUGGAACCGAGCCGACACUGGGGGUCCGGAAACCCUCCCACGCUUUACUCUACGUUAUUCUCAGCCCAGUCGGACCCUACUUUUCUAGUGGAUCAUUCAAUCCGGUUUCGCUGUGGGCGGAACCGAAAUACGUGAGGGCAUGGAUGGGGGGCACUGGCGACUGCAAAGUAGGAGGGAAUUACGGGCCGACCAUCUUCGCCCAGUACGAGGCAAUGGAAGUUGGGUGCCAGCAGGUGCUGUGGCUCUAUGGGGAGCAGGAACAGAUCACUGAAGUGGGGACCAUGAAUCUGUUUAUCUACUGGAAAGAUGAGAAUGGAGAGGAAGAACUGGUGACCCCGCCCCUCGAUGGCAUCAUCCUCCCCGGGGUAACGCGGCACAGCAUCCUGGAUCUGGCGCGAAAGUGGGGGGAAUUCAAGGUGUCUGAGCGCCAUUUAACCAUGAAGGAUCUGGUCGCGGCGCUGAAUGAAAACCGAAUUCGGGAAAUGUUUGGCGCUGGCACCGCCUGUGUGGUCUGUCCCGUAUCCCGGGUCUCCUACAGGAACAAGGAUUUACACGUCCCGACCAUGGAGAAUGGUCCCAAGAUGGCGAAACGCUUCCUGCAAGAGCUCACUGACAUCCAGUACGGUCGGUCACCCAGUGAUUGGAUGGUGGAAGUUCCCUCCCCGUAAAGGCCAAGCGCCCCUAUAACAAAGGAAAGAAGAAGCACAAGUCGUAUCAGACCCCUGAGUAGAAUCGUAGUGACAAUCACAACGUCCCGUGACCCCCCGAUUUAGCAAUAUAAGGAUUUCUAUGUAAAUGGUUCUGUGUAUAGAAAUGAAUCAAAGCUGUGACUCCUGCACUCGGACUACAACUCCCACAAACCCCCCUGGCUGCCAAUGGAAGACAUUCCUACUUGGUCACAUGACCCAUUCCCCCCAAAAUGUAGCUCAGUUUCCCCGCCCACAAGAGAAAUUCCCCCCCCCGGACCCCCCAAACCUUUUGUGUCGUGAGUGUGUACAUUUAUAUUUAUAUAUAUAUUUUUGUAUCCAUUCUCUAUGUUAUAAAUGAGGCUUCGGCAGAGAAAUGGGGGAGGGGCUAGACCUUUACCUGCGCAGCAGGGGGCGGAGACUCGGCCAAAACCAAAUGUGAACGCUGCCCCCCCCUAGGCUGUGUGAUGUAUUGCAUUGAACUCUGAUUGGUUCUCUCAGUUCAGUAGAAGAAGCACAAGGUGGCAGAAUAGACAUUUGCCCCCGUAUGUAAUAAAAGGCACUAAGUUUGCCCAGUAACCCAUAGCAACCAAUAAGAUGUUUGCUUUUAAACCGGUGACCAGUAAAUUCUGCCUACUGAUUGGUUGCUGUGGGUUACUGUUCCAGGGCAAACUUAGUGCCUUUUAUGACAUAACCCCCCAGAUUGGUAAAUAAUUGCCUUGUUACCCCCCCCCCGGGGCUGGUUUUUGCGUCUCCCUGGGGAAAGCAGCUGCUAUUUUGUUGGACGGAACAAGCAACGCUCGACAUUCACCACUAGAUGGCGCCAUCGCAGCGUCUCUCGCAGAGGGAAAUUAAAGGGGAUAUAAAUGCAAACAAAUUGAAAGGAAUCCAAAGCUACAUUAGUUCAAGAGUCAGAACCUCGGAGACAACAUUUACACAUUUUUGGGUUUAUAUCCCCUUUAAUGUUGUUCCUGCACAGGGGAAGCGGGAUUGGUUCAUGUUUAAGCGCAUCAUUGUACCAAAGUGACACUUGCUGCUCUGUUGUGCGUCAUUGUUUUUUGCUGAGUUGUAUUUUUGUGUUGACUUAUUAGGGGCCUCAUUGUUGCCACCCCCCCUGCAAUAGAAAAGCCCCGAGUACCAAAGUGGAGGGGUAGGAAUUACGGGUUCAAUUCCAAGUGGCGCCCAACUCACCGGCGCCACCCGCUGGCCCCCCUGUGACUUACUCUCUGCACUGGGUCCGAGCAAUAAUCAGAAGCACAAGGGACUUCCAGCUGUUGUUGUACUAUAACUCCCAGGCGGCUGCCAAGGGAUGCUGGGAGUUUAAGUUUCACCUUGGGGGCUGCAGACUGGAUUAUAUAAAACAGGGACCCCCCCAGGUCAGUAUUGCACUGAUCCGACCCAGCGCUUUCCUUACCUCUGGCGCAAGGGGAGGAGCUUCUGCUGUUCAACCAAUCACAACCUGAAAUGACUCGCAGGGAUUGUACAAUAGUGAUUCCCCAUGUGACUCCGAGUAUAUGAACUUCUUUCUGUCUGUCUUUAAAUCCCAAUAAAUAUGCACUCAUGUCAGCCAA